AGGACCAGACUGUGGAACACUGUGGGUACUAGCGGAUGGGCCGUGACCCGGAUGAAGCAGAGGUGCGCCUGAGUUCCCGUUACCUAAGCAACAGCCUGCGAGCCGCUCUUCCCCUCCCCCACCCAAGCCCCAGCCCGGCCUUGCCUCCGGACGCCGCCACCGCCCCUGUUUUGUUUCCAUGGCGACAGGCGGCGCAGGGCCCGCUCCAAACAUAACGCGCUGUGGAAAACAUGCUGCUCGGGGGACCCCCCCCGCGCAGUCCCCGCUCGGGGACGAGCCCCAAGGGGCCCCGGAGCAGUACAGGCCACGUGCAGUUUGGCAAGAGCCCUCAGACCUGGCCCAGGCGCACAAGACCCCGCUCUCCUGAGCCUACUGCGCCUUCAGGGGCUCCGGGCUUCACUCAGCCGAGGCGCCGUGACUCGCUGAGUCGCGCCGGGCCGCCAGCGCUGUCCCGCUACGUGGGCCACCUCUGGAUGGGCCGGCGGCCGCCCUCCCCGGAGGCCCGCGGCCCAGUCCCCCGCAGUUCAGCUGCCAGUCGGACCAGAAGGAGCCUCGCCUCCCCGGGGACCUCCCCGGGCCCCCUGACCGCAACUACCGGAGGGGCGGUGGUAGGGGGCGGGUCCGUGCAGGGCAGGGCAGGAGCACACAAGGAAGUGUUUCCGGGACAGAGGGCGGGCAAGAUGGCGGCGCCCAUGGAGCUGUUCUGCUGGUCAGGGGGCUGGGGGCUGCCCUCAGUGGACCUGGACAGCCUUGCCGUGCUGACCUAUGCCAGAUUUACUGGUGCUCCACUGAAGGUACACAAGAUCAGCAACCCCUGGCGGAGCCCUUCAGGAACUCUGCCUGCCCUUCGGACCAGUCAUGGAGAGGUCAUCUCAGUUCCACACAAGAUCAUCACCCACCUUCGAAAAGAGAAGUACAAUGCUGAUUAUGAUCUGUCAGCUCGGCAAGGGGCAGACACCCUGGCCUUCAUGUCUCUCCUGGAGGAGAAGUUGCUCCCGGUGCUGGUACAUACUUUCUGGAUAGACACCAAGAACUAUGUGGAAGUGACCCGGAAGUGGUAUGCAGAGGCUAUGCCCUUUCCCCUCAACUUCUUCCUGCCUGGCCGCAUGCAGCGGCAGUACAUGGAACGGCUAGAGCUGCUGAGUGGGGAGCACGUGCCUGAGGAUGAGGAAGAGCUGGAGAAGGAGCUGUACCGAGAGGCUCGAGAGUGUCUGACCCUGCUCUCUCAGCGCCUGGGCUCUCAAAAGUUCUUCUUUGGAGAUGCCCCUGCCUCCUUGGACGCCUUCGUCUUUAGCUACUUGGCCCUGCUGCUGCAGGCAAAGCUGCCCAGUGGGAAGCUGCAGGCCCACCUGCGGGGGCUGCACAACCUCUGUGCCUAUUGUACCCACAUCCUCAGUCUCUACUUCCCCUGGGAUGGAGCUGAGGUACCACCGCCACGCCAGACACCAGCAGGCCCAGAGACUGAGGAGGAGCCAUACCGGCGCCGGAACCAGAUCUUAUCUGUGCUGGCAGGACUGGCAGCCAUGGUGGGCUACGCCUUGCUCAGCGGCAUUGUCUCCAUCCAGCGGGCAACGCCUGCUCGGGCCCCAGGCACCCGGGCCCUGGGCAUGGCUGAGGAGGACGAAGAGGAAUGAUUUGUCCUCACGCUCCCAGGACUGGUUUUUCUACUCUCGUGCAUUCCAGAGGCCCCCGUGCCUCCUCUUUGCUGGUACAGCCGGACACGGGGUGCUGCCCCCCAGAAUAAAGCCACUCACACUGACUGGGCUCAAACAUUUUCUCCUUUAAGAGCUGCCAUUUUUCCUGGUUAGUCCCACAGGAACCAUCUGGGUGCCUGGGCACACCUGCUGCUGCUUUAAGGCUUCCGCCCUGAUGCUGACACUGCUGCUCCACGGGCCCAGUUCUGCAUCUCCAGGAAAGACAAACAGUCUCCAGUUUUGGGCCCAGCUUUCCUAGUCUCUUCUUUUCCUUACCCUCACCCUUCAUCUUGUGUUUGUACGACAGUGAGCUCACCCUAGGCCUGGGCCCAGGUCCAGUUUCCAAAGCAAGCAGCACACAGUGCACGUUCACAUAAGCAUGGGGGCUGGGGGGACACUGGGGCUUACUGAUCUUUUUCUAGGGGCCUCCAGCCCCUGGCACCACCUAGAGGGGAAAGUGAAUCACCCAAACCACUGCCCUUGGGCUUAUGUCGCUGUAAGCUCACCCUGGCCCUGCUGUGCCCUCUUUAGCCACAGACAGCGUGUGAGCUGACUCUGUCCCUUUAAUGCUCAGGCUGAGCUUGAGUAUCCACUCCAUCACUGGCGACGCCACAGGUAGGUGUGAAUGGAGUAGCCAGGUGAGAUCGUCUCCAGGAAGCCCACGGCAGGAUCCUUGAUGGUAAGAGGCACAUCCUUAGAGGAGCUAGGGAGUGGGGAGGAGAAACUAAGAGUGUGAUCCUGCCAAGGCCCCCGACCCUGUCUUCAGCCCACUUCCCAGACCCCACUAUUGCCCUCACCGGUUUAGCACGACCACAACGGCAGAGCCAUCGGGAUGCAUCAGUGCCACUGUGUCCAGGUCGUUCUUCUGACUGGCAACCAGCCCCACUCUCUGGGAGCCCUCAGGAAUGAACUUGCUGAAUGUGGGAACAGAUGGUCAGAGUCCGUCGGGGUACCGCCCAUGAAACCCUCAUCUAAGAAGUCACCCACCCAUAUACCCACCUCAUAACUCCUGCAGAAGCUCUGCCCUGGGUCUCUAGACCUGGAGCCAUGCUGCUGGGCACUGACCCUGCUUUUCUACAUCACAGUCCAGCCUCAGGCAUUGGGGUUGUCUGUUGCUACCUAGUCACUUCCUGCCUCCAUGGUGCAAAAGGGGAUGGGUGUGCCUCUCCCGAGGUCCACCCUAAACACCUUCCUGCUCCCUCAUGGUGUAGAGUGAUGUAAGCCAUCUGAUGUAGGAGAUGAUAAGCCUGGUAUGGAAUGGGGGUGCCCGCCCUCCACUCACCUGAAGUGACCAAGGUGGUAGAACAUGGGCUGUU